AUGCUGGUUGAUGACGCGUGGACAGACUUUCAAUCCAAGAAAAAGAAGGGUCGCGCGUUGUACACGCUUUUGCAAAAACUGAAGCAGUCCAGAGAUCAUGCAGAGUUCUUGCAAGACGAGUUGGCAAUGGCAGAUGUCGAGACCCGCUUGAGCGAAUUGGAGCAGAUCUUGAGUGAAGCCGGCAAGGCACUCAGAUCCGGAGCCGAGCCCAAGUCCAGGAGGACAGGUCGAUCACGCUGCCCUGUUAUCAACUUGGUGACUCUGGAGGAGCUUGAAGCUGUCUAUCGGGAAUAUGUCGAAGCCUUCAUUGAUGGCCCCAUGAGGGUGGAAAUGGAUAUAUCUGCUGGGACAGAAAUUGACACAUUCCAGGAGGAUCUGUCAGGUGAGAUCAGCAAUGACCUCAGCGUAAUGAUGGAGCUAGGCAUGUCUUGUGAGGAGCUGAUGAACCAAAUGGGCUUGAAGGGGGAAGUCCUUCCUUUCAUGUACAAGGUGAAGAAUAAGCUUCCCUACUUGAUCUGGACGGUGGGCAAAUCCCCGCAUGACGUUCAUGCUAAGCUUCACGAUAUGGGAGAGCUGAGGAGACAACUGAGCGGGUCCUCAGAGUGGGAGGACCUUACCCUGUGA